UUUUUUACCUGGGAAACUUUUACAUGCCUAUAACAGGUAGAUUUACAAAAAACUGUACUAGAAAUUUGUCAACACGUGGACUAUUUACCGAACAGGAUCCGUAUUUGGUCUACAAUCAAAGGCUAUAAAAUUACAAAAACUUUUUAAAAUUGUCACCCGUAUAAUAAGCUUCGUCACAUUAGAAGGAUAUACAGGUGAGUGUGUUACCUGCAUGGACAGAGGACAUCUAACGAUCACCUGUUUUGUAAAGAUUUGUGAGGAUCCGCUCCCGAUAUUCAAGCAGAUUUAAAGUUUACCUGGACAACGAAAACAUUUAUGGUAACAUCGCAUAUAUCAGAUUCGGUGAUACCUUGUACACGAAUUCAACUGGUUUGCUUUAAAAACGGAUUGUGAUAAAGUGAUUGAAGAAGGGAUUCUACAUAGGGCAACUGGAGACAUCCUGGAUAAAGUUACGUAAUAAUAACUGACAGAAUCAAUUCACCGUACGGUGAAUUGAACAUCGCUGUCCAACUGGCGGUCACUUUAGGAGAGACAAUGAUUUACACAUUGACCCAGCAACCCUUAAACCCAGGGCUUACACAGCCCGUAACCCAGGGAUUCAAUCAGGGAAUAACACAGCCCCUCUCUCAGGGUAUAACACAACAAAUUAGCCAGCAACUCACCACGCAGCUUUCACAACAGCCAGUCAGCCCCGGGCUGAGCCCGGGGGUCAGUCCACCAGGCAUGAGCCCAGUUGUAACUCCUCCAGGACUCAGCCCCGGAGUAAAUGGAGCUAACGGUCAGUUGGUCAGUGCAACCAGCCCGGGGGUCAGUCCGAUAACCCCGGUAGCACCAAUGUCCCUACAGCCAGGAAUAAUGCAUCUUAUAAACUACGGAGACAAAGACCUUGGACUUCUACUUUCACAGAGAAUGGAAUUGGUUUGGCAUGGUGAAUUCGAUCGUCUCUUUAGCCAGUACUUCCCUCACAUGUGGUACCUCGUUCCUACAUUUAACCCACCUAACGACCGCUGGAGGACAUUCAAAGAUAGUGCCAAAGUCAGAUUCUCCUGUCAGAGUUGCGGACAUGGAUGGACCUCAAUGAAGGGACGUGUUAUAUUCUGGUUCCAGUUAAACUACGUUACAAACACGGGUUACGUCAUGUUUAAGUUGUACGGUCAGCAGUGUCAGAGAUGUAAAAAUGGAACAUAUGAACAUGCCAUGUGGUAUCCUGAGGAAGUAGUGAAGGUACUUGGAAACGUAUAUAAUCGAGUCGGACAAAUAUACUAUGGUUUUAUACGUCCUCCACUAAGGAUAGACCGAAGAGCAGGGAAACCAAGAAACCAGCACAACGCCGAACUGUGCCAAGCUUGCAAGGAAGGUCUAUGCCGGGAAGAAUGGUCAUUCUCGUGAAGGCAGCGCCAUCUUUAACAGUGUAAUAUGCAUUUGAAGGGCAGUAACUCCUACAUGAUACUACACAAAUGGUGGGCCGUGUAAGGAAAAUGAAAAUUGGACGAGAGUGAAAUAAAAUGGAUAUGGUUGGCCAAAAAUAUACCGAUGACAAAAUUUCGUUGUCUUAUAUUCGUUCUGAAUGCAAUGAUGUAUUAUUGUCAUUAUCAACAUCUGCUGUUUCAGCAGAAAAAAUAGUGUGCUCAUUAUUUUACUUUUGAAUAGUUUGUGUAUAUAUUAUUUGAUUUUAUUAAAUGUUUUAUUUUUACUUAUACAUG